GCCCAGGAAGAAGCGUGGAGGGAGAUUCCCGCAGAAACAUUAGCAGUGGUUCAGUCGUUUGCUGGGCCAGUGGGAUGAGGACCUGGCAGUCAGCUGGCAGUGGGGAAACAGUGGUGAAUAAGUAUGACGCCGUGCCCAUCCAGUCCAGCGUGGUGUUAUGUUCCUGCCCAUCCCCAUCAAUGGUGAGGACCCAGACUGAGUCCAGCACGGCCCCUGGCGUUCCUGGUGGCAGCAGGCAGGGCCCUGCCAUGGAUGGCACCGCAGCCGAGCCUCGGCCCAGUGCCGGCUCCCUGCAACACACCCAGCCGCCGCCGCAGCCUCGGAAGAAGCGGCCUGAGGACUUCAAAUUUGGGAAAAUUCUUGGGGAAGGCUCUUUUUCCACAGUUGUCCUGGCUCGAGAACUGGCAACCUCCAGAGAAUAUGCGAUUAAAAUUCUGGAGAAGCGACAUAUCAUAAAAGAGAACAAGGUCCCAUAUGUAACCAGAGAGCGGGAUGUGAUGUCGCGCCUGGAUCACCCCUUCUUUGUUAAGCUUUACUUCACGUUUCAGGACGACGAGAAGCUGUAUUUCGGCCUUAGUUAUGCCAAAAAUGGAGAACUACUUAAAUAUAUUCGCAAAAUCGGUUCAUUCGAUGAGACCUGUACCCGAUUUUACACGGCUGAGAUUGUGUCUGCGUUAGAGUACUUGCACGGCAAGGGGAUCAUUCACAGGGACCUUAAACCAGAAAACAUUUUGUUAAAUGAAGAUAUGCACAUCCAGAUCACAGACUUUGGAACAGCAAAAGUAUUAUCCCCAGAGAGCAAACAAGCCAGGGCCAACUCGUUCGUGGGAACAGCGCAGUACGUUUCUCCAGAGCUGCUCACGGAGAAGUCUGCCUGUAAGAGUUCAGACCUCUGGGCUCUUGGAUGCAUAAUAUACCAGCUUGUGGCAGGACUCCCACCGUUCCGAGCUGGAAAUGAGUAUCUUAUAUUUCAGAAGAUCAUUAAGUUGGAAUAUGACUUUCCAGAAAAAUUCUUCCCUAAGGCAAGAGACCUUGUGGAAAAACUUUUGGUUUUAGAUGCCACAAAGCGGCUAGGCUGUGAGGAAAUGGAAGGGUACGGACCUCUUAAAGCACACCCAUUCUUCGAGUCCAUCACAUGGGAGAACCUGCACCAGCAGACGCCUCCAAAGCUCACGGCUUACCUGCCAGCCAUGUCAGAAGACGACGAGGACUGCUACGGCAAUUACGACAAUCUCCUGAGCCAGUUUGGCUGCAUGCAGGUGUCCUCAUCGUCCUCCUCACACUCCCUGUCAGCGUCGGAAGCUGGCCUGCCCCAGAGGUCAGGUAGCAACAUCGAGCAGUACAUCCAUGACCUGGACUCGAACUCCUUUGAACUGGACUUACAGUUUUCUGAAGACGAGAAGAGGUUGUUAUUGGAGAAGCAAGCUGGCGGAAACCCUUGGCACCAAUUUGUAGAAAAUAAUUUAAUACUAAAGAUGGGCCCAGUGGAUAAGCGGAAGGGUUUAUUUGCACGAAGACGACAGUUGUUGCUCACAGAAGGACCGCAUUUAUAUUACGUGGAUCCUGUCAACAAAGUCCUGAAAGGUGAAAUUCCUUGGUCACAAGAACUUCGACCAGAAGCCAAGAAUUUUAAAACUUUCUUUGUCCACACGCCUAACAGGACGUAUUAUCUGAUGGACCCCAGUGGGAAUGCACACAAGUGGUGCAGGAAGAUCCAGGAGGUUUGGAGGCAGCGAUACCAGAGCCACCCGGAUGCCGCGGUUCAGUGACGUGGCCUGCGGCCGGGCUGCCCUUCGCUGCCAGGACACCUGCCCAAGCGCGGCUUGGCCGCCACCCGGACGCUUCCAGACCACCUGCCAGCCAUCACAAGGGGAACGCAGAGGCGGAAACCUUGCAGCAUUUUUAUUUAAAAGAAAAGAAGAAAAAAAACACCUAACCACACAAGGAACAAAACCAAUAACACAAAGGAAUUCAGGGUCGCUUUGCUUGCUCUCUGUGCUCCGUGGAGGCCUCUGCGUGCUCUCGUUGCCCUGGGGACCCAGCUCCAUGCACGUCAGCCCAGUCCUGCCCAGACUAGUGGACAAAUCUGGUGUCACCAGCUUCUCCUAGCAUCAGUCCAAACCAUGCGCCCGCCCUGCCCCAACCAUGCACUGGUCCUGCUGUGGCCGAGGGGACCGGGUAUAUUUGGCUCUUUGCGCCCCUCACGCUGUGGUCCCAGAACUCUUCACCAGGGAGGGAGCCUCUGCAGCCCUGCUGGGUGGCCACGCCUCUCUGUAGGGGGAGGCUCUGUGCUUCUGUCAUGUGCUCCCUUUCUUGCGUCUCCCCGUGUAUGGCCCUUAGGCGUGGCUGGGCCCGUUGCAUGUCCCUGUGGUGGCUCUGGUGGCAGGCUUUCGUGGCCUCUGCUGUGUGUUGGCAGGCAGACUCGUGGUGAGGAGCGGGAGAGGAUGGAGUGGCACAGGAGCAGGCUGCUGAGUGGAGGGUGCUGUCCAAGGGCCCUGGCUCCCUUGUCCUACUGAGCAGUGUUGGUCUCUAAGAGCUGGAAGCCAAGUGCAGGCUGGAAACUGUGCCGUCAGAGGUGAACCCAGUCAGCACCCAGCCAGGUUAUCGCAUGAGAGAGAGUCCUGCUCCAAGCCUUGGGUGGGGCCAGGAGGUGCCUUGGAGAAUCCAGCCAGAGCAGAGAGGGCCUGCCGACCUCUGUGUGGAGGAGAGAGGCCUAAGGGCCUCCUAAAAGGUUUAAAUAUGCAGGCCACCCCAGUUGGUGAAGUAGGGUCUGAGAGAACCCUGGCAUCAGCAGUCCCGGGGUGCUUCCGUUUCCUGAGGACAGCACUGGGGAGUGCAGGCGCCAGCAUCACACACACCCCUUUUGUGUUGUGGUUAAACAUUUCUCAGAGCGAACUCAGAGUUUCUACAUCUCUAUUGAAAAUCUCAGCCGUCUCAUGCUGCCGGCUCAUCUCGUCCCAUGAAGAGUGGACUUUCCCCAUUACCGUUGCACAGGAAGCAAGAACAGCGCACUUAAGCCACAGCUGGUCUCGUUUCCUCUGCUGGUUUUGGGGCUGUUGCCCUUUGAUGCUUUGGUGGCCUUGCCCUGCUCUAUAGCACAGAGAGGCCAGAUGCAUUUGUCCUUUCCGUUGCUACUUCCCAGGCAGAGAGAGCUCCUUGUGGCCUGGCAGGGCAUGACCCUUCUCUCUCUGCCCAGGUUGUCCCUGGAGGGCAGCCCUCAGUCCCAUGCGGGAGAGGCAGACAUUGCUGUCCACAGAUGUGCCUCUGGCUCUGUAUCCACCCUCCCUGGCCCCUACCCCCAAGUUACAGAUGACUCAUCAGUGACCCUGUGUGCCAGGCCGGGUCCAAAUUGAGAGGGAAGGUGUCCUUUUGACACUGCUAAUGACAAGAAUGGCUCUUUGUAGCUAGGCAAGUGCAGAUGGGGGCCUCGGAGGGGCAGAGAUGUUCCCGAGUCCUUGCCUGCGGUUUCUGCCUGGGCCUUGGUGGCUGCUGUGCAAGAGCUGCAUGUGAGUCUGUGACUGUGAGCUGGAGUGUCCUGGGCCGCACCUGCCCUGGGGUGCCCAAGGGAGCAGGAUGCUCUGGGGCCCAGCACGUUGCCCUGGGCCUGUGGCUGGAGUCGGAGUCCUCUCUCUUGGCUUUUGGAAAGGCUUGCCUGUGUUGGGAAGUCUCUCUCGGCCCUUUCAGGAAUUUCUGUUCAGGCUUACUCCUCCUUAUCAGCUGUUUUACCCAUUUCAGAACAUCCUAUGUCUGCAUGUAAGAGAGUGGCUUCCUAACCCUCCUAAUUGCACAUGCAGGCACAGAAAAGACGGCUUUCAGGCCGUCUGGUUAUAGGGAAGCAAGCAGAGCUGGGACGAGGCUUUGAUUGGCGCACUUGGCUGGGCUGCUUGGGGAGACUCUUCUGUGCGUUCUUCCUCUGCAUAGAACCACCACCUCCUGGGCGUCAGUGACAAGCUCGGUCUUAACCUCCAAAGCUCAGAACUAGGGGCUCAGAGCCAGAGCUGGCACCUGACAGCUCAAAUGAUGGCCGUUGCCUGAGCUAGUGACAGCCAAGCCCUUCUUGUGGGUCACCCUUCUCCUCAGCCAGCCCCUUUUUCUUACCUUUUUAAAGGCCCGUGUGUUUUCUUUCCUUACCCUGUGCUUGUUCCUGUCAACUCCAGUUUUAUCUAGCACAUUCUUAGAGCCAUCAUCUGGCACACAGGUGCCUUGCAUUCUACGGUGGAACGUGGGGGAUCGCCUGUGCUUACGUGGAAUUACAGUGGUGGGUUUAUCCAAGGUGAGGAAGAUGGCACCUGCUACAAUAGACCUGGGCCAUGCAUCUCCUCACAUGUGGGAAAUAGGUGGAAUGUCAGGAUCAAACCCUGUGUGGCUUCUUGGCACAGAGGGGAGGGAGGCUGUGGUUGCUGCCGGCCUAGGUGGUCUAGGUGCCUUGCCUUUCUCUGGGGACAGACUGGGGCUGGCUUCUGUGGGACUCUUUUCUCCCCUCUGUUAGGCCCCAGCUAGAGAAGAGCCUCUCCACCCUAGUAAAUGGCUCUGCACCACGGCUACCAUGUGGAACCUUAACUUGUGGAAGGCUUGUUAACAAUUCGUUUUGAGAGAGAUGGCUGGUUAUGCCACAGCUGCUGGGGACUCCACCUACUCCAGCCUUCUUGGGACAGACUGUGGAAUUUGUGGCCCUUGCCCAGAGGAAUUGUGGAGACUGUCCCAUGGCACAGACCCCCAGGCACCAGCAGAGGGCUCUAAGUGACUCAAAACAUUUGUCUCUGACAAGAUUAGCUGUAGGCCCGCCACCCAGAGAAGACCACUGUGAGCAUUUUGGCCUAUAUCCUGCCCCACCAUUUGUUCACUUUUAAACUAUACUGGGGACAUUCGACACACACCGUUUGCAUUGUCUUCUCACUUGAUUUUAUCUUAAGCAUUUUCCCGUGUCAUGAGUUUCCCAGAGACACGUUUUUAACAAUUGUAGGGUUUAGUCAUUGUCCAUUUUACUGUAAUUUAUCUGACCAUUUCCCUACUCUAAAAUAUUUAGAUGGUUUCUGAUUUUUCCAUUAUUUAAAUAAUGCUGUGAUGAAUGUCUUCAAAUCUUUUGAUUUUUUUUACCGAUUUCGUUUUCCCCUUAGAUGCCUAGAAGUGGUAUUUUGAGGUCAAAGAGUUUGUUCAUUUUAAAGAUACUUCUCUCUCUCAAACUGAUGUUUAGAUGCUCAGAGUUCCAGUAGCAAAACCACCUUAGUUGUGUCCUGCAGAUUCUGAACAAAUCAGUUUCUGAUAAGCCGUGUUCCAAAGAAUGUUUGAAUGAGACCGCUCUUUUUUAAUUGCUAAGAUAAUGUCAUUACUGCAGUCCAUUUGUGGCAGAUUUUUUCCAGGAGCCGGUUUCCUCUCUUGCGUUGCGAGAUCCUGGCUCCGCCUGCAUGUUAGCUCUCCUCCAUCCGUGCUGCUGUGGCUUUCAAGUGCUUGGUGAUAUUUUCGGAAUCUUGUACUUUGUGUCCACAAUGGUACUGAAUUUGCAUCUGCACAGUCAGCAGAGAUAACAAGUGUUGAACUGACCUUGCCACGUGCUUAGUGAGCGAUUUGUAAUUAAGUUUAUAGACUCAGAAAGUACAUUAGGCCAUUUGGAAUCGGUAGCAGAGCAAAGCCUCUACUUGGAAAAAACCAUGUAGCUGAUUGGGUUUAUAAGAGUGUAUUUGUCUCCCCGCACCACUCCACAUUGGAAGGUCUUAGUGGUUCAGAAGAGCCCAGCAGCCAGGCUGGCUUUUUCACGGCAGGGCGUGGUUGUCCCAGCUGGUGUAGAUUUCAGGCCUCCUCCGCCCCACUCCCUGCCCACGUGUUGCAGAUUGCCUAGCUGGCGUCGAGUCCAGACCACCCAAAUUUGGUUGCAGAUUUUAGUUUCUCCACUUUAGUUGUGGUCCAUUGAUUCUGAGGGGGAACAUGCAGCAGAUUUUUCUAGGCGCCAUGUUCAGUGCUGCUUCACUCUACCAGAGAUUAUGGCCAAAUUGCACACAAUUUGGUUUCUUGCCCUCCUCUGAAGCCCUGAGGACCCUCGCCUGGCUGGUCCACAGACCCGGGGUGCUCACUCUGAGACUUCAGAGAUCGCAGCUGCUUUGAGAAUACGGUGAAGGUACUAUGUUCUGGAAGUUGUCAUACGCCUUUCCCCAGUUAUUUUCAAACCUGACUUGAACCUCUGUUGACUCACUGGGUGGGGUCCCUUCUUAGGCAGCACAUGUGGGAGGGGCCACUACUUCUGGCCCAAGAUUGCAGGGUUGUAGACAAGGCUGCCUGUGGAGAACCGGUCUGAGGAGGAAGCUGUUUCCAACAAAGAGCACUUUUAUCUGUUGAGAUUGCUGUGGUGAGCAACUGAACGAGCCUACGUGUGUACCUGAAUUUUCCCCAUAACUCAUUUCUUCAAUAUGAAGAAACACCAAACUAUGUACAGAGAACUUUUUACAAAAGGCAGACCUUUUUUUUAGCUGUGUAACCCACGUAGCCUAACCAUCUGGCAGAAUGACUAUGAAUAGAGGUCAUUUUGCCGGUAAAAGCCUGUAUUAUGACUACAAGUUGGACAUGGGCAAAACUAAAUUGUUACAGUAUUUAGAGCUGCUGUAGCCAUUCCUUAACAUAAAAUAGGGUAAAUGAAUAGUAGGUCUUUCAGGUGGGUGGCAGUCGGUUAGAACAUGCGUAAUAUUCUCUACCUGGUCUGUAGCUGUAACUGUGAUGUACAGGCAAAGCAAAAAUGAAGAGAACUUAUGAAAACAAAUAAUGCAAUGAUAUUAGGAUAUACACUUUUGUAUUUUUAUUCUUAUAUAAGGUUAUUUGCUGGCUAUUGUUGGCCUCUAGUUCAGUCUGUGUUAUUUAAAUUCUAAUAUAUGAAUUAUUUGGAUUGAAUUCAUGUUCGGGGCCACGUUGUUGUAUGUAUUGAUGUACAGCCUUGAAUGUGAAUAAUUAUUGUAAACUAUAUUUUACAACUUUUUUUCUGGCUUUAUUAUAUAAAUUUUCUAUUUGGUCAAUGAUUUAAUCAUAUAAUUUAAUGAAUCUGUUUAUUCUUUUUUUUUUUUUUCCCAAAUAUUUGUGCAUUAGGUGUAGUUAUCAGAUGAUGAAUUUUCCUCGUAUGCUCGGUAGUCUUGUAAUAAAAAGCAUGUAGAGUGUAGA